CAAAGCACGUUUCACCCAUGAAUAUUUUAAUGAUUUUUUUCUUACAUUUCAGUUUUGAAAAAUGAAGUUUGAUGAGAUAUUGAAAGAGGUGGGUGAGUUUGGCCCCUAUCAGCGCCGAGUAUAUUUCCUGGUCUGCCUAGCAUGUAUCACUUCCGCCUUCCAGACUAUGCUUCCGGUGUUUAUCCUGGAUAUGCCGGAAUACAGAUGCAAGAUAUUUUCUAUGCCAAACGACACCUACAGGAUACAAAGCCCAUAUCACGCCUCUCUGGUCAACCAGUCUAUACCCAUGGAAACCACUGACCAAUCAGAGAGCUAUGCCUCAUGCCGCCUGUAUGACGUCACGAACAGUUCUGCUACAUCGCACGGAAGUAACAAAUCACAGACAACUUGUCAUCGAUGGGUGUACGAUCAAUCGACUUUUACAUCUACAGUAAUAACCCAGUUUGACAUGGUGUGUGACCACGCCUCUUUCCGCUCCCAUCUGAACAUGGUUGGUUUCGGGGGAAUGUUGGCAGGGGCGGUCGUGUUCGGGAUCAUCACAGACAUUGUUGGACGCAAGCGGACUCUCCUGGCCAGUGGUGUCAUCCAGAUGGUGUUCGGCAUCGCACUAGCUUUCUCUCCAAACUUCAUCGUGUUCGCUGUGUUCCGAUUCUUCACGGGGAUAGCGGCCAUGUCUACAUUCAUGAUUGCCUUUGUUAUAGGACUUGAACUCGUUGGCCCCUCAAAACGAACCAUUGCAGGAAUUGCCAUAGAGUUCUUCUGGUGCUUUGGUCUCUUUGUGCUGGCGCUUGCGGCCUACUUCAUCAGAGAGUGGAAAUAUCUCCAGAUCGUGAUGACCAUCCCUUCGGUGUUCUUUAUAGUAUAUUGGUGGGUAAUACCGGAAUCUCCAAGAUGGCUGCUGUCACGUGGUCGGGUGGAUGAAGCUGAACAAAUUAUAAACAAAUUAGCUCGCGUCAAUGGCCGAUCUCUGCCGAAGGACGUCAUGAAACGUGUGAUGCUGGAGGACGGUCCCGAGAUGAAAAUUUGGCACAUGUUCACCACGCCCGUCCUCAUCAUCAGGGGAAUAGUAAUAUUUUAUCAAUGGUUUGCUAUCAACAUCAUCUACUACGGCCUCAGUCUGAACGUCAGCAACCUCAGCGGAGACGUCUUCUUCAACUUCACCAUCUCCUCCGCUGUAGAGACAGCUGUCCUUCCACACGCCAUGCCAUUACUUCCAGCUGUCCUUCCACACGCCAUGCUAUUGUUUGCUAUCAACAUCAUCUACUACGGCCUCAGUCUGAACGUCAGCAACCUCAGCGGAGACGUCUUCUUCAACUUCACCAUCUCCUCCGCUGUAGAGACAGCUGCUUAUGUCAUGUGCAUUGUUAUCCUGGAGAAGACGGGCAGAAAGAAACUAUACUGUGCAAGCAUGCUUCUUGGUGGAGUGGCAUGCAUUGCAACAGUGUUCCCAGUUAUCUAUGGUGACAAGUCACACACGUGGAUCACGGUUACCCUGGCUAUGGUCGGCAAGUUUGGGGCGUCGGCGGCUUUCGCGGUGGUGUAUGUCUUCUCCGCUGAGAUCUUCCCGACGGUGGUGCGUCAGUCUGGCAUAGGGGCGUGUUCUGUAUUUGAAGGCGUUGGUGGCAUGGUGGCUCCAUAUAUAUCAGAUCUGGGCGUCAUGGUUGGAGGAAACUUAGCGGAAGCUCUGCCACUCAUCGUGUUCGGGGUUAUCACUGUUUCCGCCGGACUGUUGUCGUUACUGCUUCCGGAAACAAAGAACAAGAAGCUUCCAGAAACCAUUGAAGAUGCUAUAUUGUUCGGAAGGGAAAAUAAGUCAAACAAGUAUACGUACGAUCCAAUAGUAUCUAAAAACACAAAGGAAAUGGUGGACGAUUCCAUUCUAUAGUGUUUACUACCUCUGAAAUGACUGAGACGUCAUCGGUUGCACCCUCUGUACCAGCGGACAUGCCAAGAACGGGAUGCGCCCAUAUCAGGAAGAACAGAGCAUUUUCAUUGAUAUACAUGUUCAACCAUUUCACAUGUUACAGAUCUUCCUCCAUACUACACCCACUUUCAUAUAGCUCAUGAGACUAGCUGAUGGUUAUGCAGAUAGAUUCCCAUUUAACAAUAUGUGUAUAUAGGGAAACAGUAUAUAUUUCAACAACUAAUAACUCACCUACCAUGAGAUUUCAUAUGCGAUUAAAUACAAUCAUCAAACCUC